AACAGUAGCUACAAAAUAAUUCAGUCGGUAGAUAAACUGGAGUUACUGGACGAACUGCGUUACUUUCGUUGAAUUGCCACGACAAAGAACAAAACUCAUAACCCGGCAGCUAUAUGUCUCAAAAUUUAAUCAACAAUUACUGAAAUUUUGGUCAUAUCGGAAUUUAUAGAGACUUUAUAAAAAAAGAUGGAGAGUGCAGGCUAUGCAUCAAAGAAUACAUUAAGCAACUUCAAGACACCGGUAGAAAAAGCAUAUGGAACAGAAGUAUCCCUUUUUUUACAUUGUCACUUGCGUGGGUAUGAUCGUCAUGGAGAGGGAAUUGUCCCAGAUCAAGGAUACUACGAUAAAUACGGCGCUCCAACGAGCAAGGAUAACUCGUGGGAAGAAGGUUACCAUGUGCUUGAGAAAAAACUAGCAAAAUUAAACGAUAGUGUGAUGGCUAUUGAAGAGCUGGACUUCCCCGUCUUCGCAGGUGGUGGCGGAGGUGUACACCUUUAUAAACCACUGCACGAUCACGAGCCAUGGAAUUGGACUGGCUGGGUACCCCUGCAGAAAAGAUGGCUUUGCCAGGGAACGUUCUUUAGUAACAGGUAUUUCCUGGCUCUUCGUGGCAAUGAAAUACAGAACAAUUUGUGGGAUUAUCACCCAUAUGAUGACGUAGAAGUAGAAGAUGAAGGUGUUGACGAAAUGGUGUACAGUCAGGUGCAACCAAAUGACAGAUACAAAGGAGGUUAUUGGUUUCAUGGUCAACCUUUUGGUCGCUAUCUGCAUAUUAUUGCAUUAAAGUCACAUCAAAAGAAUCCUAAGACAAAAGAGUGUAAAAGAUACAACUACAUCGUUCAUCCCUUGGCAUACAGAGCCUCAAUUCAUACAAUCCCAGACAACAGCGUGGAUGCAAUGCAAUGGUGCAUUAUUAAUAUGCCCGAGGAAGAACAUUUUGGGAAAGAUCAACCGUGGGGCGAAAAAUGUCACGGCUUGGAAAUAUUCAAUGAUUUUACGUACGCUCACUCCUAUCAAAAGAUUGAGGAGGAUGGGCCAAACAAUGGUGAACUCAGUGAAGAUGAAAAAGGAAAUAAGUAUUAUUACUGGUUUGACACGUACCCUUUGGAGUUUGCAGUGUUUCUUCUUGAUUCUGCUCUUGCUCGAGGCGUAUAUUUCCAUACAAUGGCUGCCAAUGACGCGUUCUACGAAAGAUCUCCUGUGGACAACGUGCCAACUGAUGAACCAGACGGCAGAAAGACUAAAUUGAUCAGAGAAUCAGAUCCGAAAGACAAUCUACACAAACACAACAUGAAGUACGCACCGCCAUCAAAAGAUCCUAGGCUGGACGGGCAAAAAGCAGUUUCUACAGAAAUUACAAUGACAGACGGCGGGCCAUCAAAGUACUUCGAUCGUGCACACACUGUAAAGACAGAUCUGUCUGAUUUUGUAAACCAACUACCCUACAAAGAUAAAUUUGUAUUUGGCUUUGUGACACUAUUCGAUCCAACUGAAGAAAUAAAGAAUAAAGUUUUUAAAGAACAGCAGGGAAUCCAACGCAUGCUGGAUAAGGGAUUGGAUGAUGCAGAAAAUCUUGUGUUAGAUUAUCUGAAUAAAGGAAGAUAUUACGCUACCACAGGAAUUUGGGAAAAAUUUGAAUACAAGAACAUUAACCACCCGGCGGUGUUGCCUCUCAUAAUUCGCAAUCAGCCAGACCCAAACGAGCUCUGUUAUGAUCUAACGUUUGACAUGGAACUGGUAUUCACUUUCCCUCCAUGUCGAAAGAAGAACAUUGACAUAGUUUGGAGGUAUACUAUUAUGGUCGAGUGUGUACGAUCAGAACAAAGCGUGAUCGUGAAGGAGCUUGUCACAACCCAUGGUUAUUUUAAGUUGGAUGAAAAGUACUCAACCAAUGUUGAUCUAAGUUGUCAUUACGAUAAAUCUCAUGUGAAGUGGUUGUACUUUUCGGCGAUAACACCAAAGAAUCCACAACGUAGAGCCUGGAUGCAUGCCAUCAGGGGACCAGCAUUUGGUGAUCCACAUUUGUAUGCCAGACUACCUUCCAUGAAACAUUACAUUGUACCAACGAUUAGGGAUGAGAAUCACACGGUCACUGAAGGAGAACCCAUCACCCCAACAGCUGUUAACCCGAAAGGCGACUUAGAUUUUGUUCUGGGAAAGGUAACAAACGAGAACGACAUAUAUGCAUACUUUAUGCAAGUUUGUCCUCUCCAACAAGAUCUUACAACAAUGCCAGUGAGCGUAAACAUUCACAAAUCUUCUGACCACAUCCCACCACGUAUUUCGCAAAGCGUCCAUGGAUUUUUCCAGUUGAGAAAUGACUAUCCCACACGACUGAAUAUGACGGCCUCUUGGGACAAAGAAACGUUAAAUGGUGAUGUAAACUUUUACAUUAUUGAUGGAGAAACUGGUCAACCAAAGCCGAUGGACGAAAAACUAGUAAAGAAAAAAAACAUCUACAAGAAGUAAGAAGACAUACAGUAACCCGCAAGAAAAACAAAGGAAGAUGGAGAAUGUUAAAUCGAAAGCAAGUUGCUCAACAAC